CCUACAUUAUCUCUAGAAACUAAUUAACAUCUGAAUUCCCUUAGACAUUUUGCCCAGGCCGCAAACAAGCAUUAUUUUCAAGCUCUCGAAACAACAUGACCUUCCCUAAUCUUGUCCUCCUUUUCAAACUAUUUUCGUUCCUCUUACUCUUUCGCUCAACACAAUCAAAGCUAUCCGCCGAUUACUACAACAAAACAUGCCCUAAGUUUCAGAACAUAAUGCAAACAAUCCUAGCAGAAAAGCAACUCAGUGCCCCAACAACCGCCGCAGCCACCCUCCGUGUCUUCUUUCAUGACUGUUUUGUUAAUGGCUGCGAUUCCUCCAUGCUUAUUGCCUCCAACGCCUUCAACAAAUCGGAGCGCGACGCUAACGUUAAUCUGUCAGUUGCUGGAGAUGCCUUCGACCUUAUUACUCGUGUCAAGACUGCUCUUGAGCUUGAAUGCCCUGGCGUUGUUUCCUGCUCAGACAUUCUCGCCGUUUCAGCUAGAGACCUUGUUGUAAUGGUAGGAGGUCCGUUCUAUGAAGUAGUUUUGGGGAGAAAAGACAGCAGGGAAUCUAAUCCCUCGAUAGUUGAUAAAAACCUUCCGAAAGCUUUAACACCCAUGAAUGAGUUGCUUUCUCUCUUCUCUUCCAAAGGGUUCUCUGCAGAAGAAAUGGUUGCUCUUGUGGGUGCACAUACCAUUGGUUUCUCUCACUGUAAAGAGUUCGCCAAUCGUAUAUUCAACUUCAGCAAGACUUCUGAGUUUGACCCAGCCUAUAAUCCUGUUUUCGCACAGGGGUUAAGGAAACUUUGCGCUAAUUAUACCAAAUCUCCAGCAAUGUCAGCUUUCAACGAUGUGUAUACCCCAGGGAAGUUUGAUAACAUGUAUUACAAGAAUUUACAAAAAGGAUUAGGGUUGUUGUCAUCUGACCAGGCGAUGGUGACUGACAAUAGGACUAAGCCAUUUGUGGACCGGUUUGCUGCAAACGAGACUGCGUUUUUUGAUAUGUUCGCUCGUUCGAUGGAGAAGUUAAGCGUUUAUAAAGUCAAGGAAAAUAAUGAUGGGGAUGUAAGACGAAGAUGCGAUCAGUUUAAUACACUUCAGGUUUGAUGAGAGAUAUA